UCUUGGCGCAUGCGUAAUUUGAGAAGGCUAGCAAAGCGUUCUGUUUGCGAGAGGUUCUGUUCUUUUGCAGGACGCUGCUCAAGAUCAAGCAAACCCCAGAUAUUUUAAUGUUAGCUAACAAUGGCCGGCAUUAAAGCCUUGAUCAGCUUGUCCUUUGGUGGAGCCAUUGGACUGAUGUUUUUGAUGCUUGGAUGUGCAUUGCCAGUGUACGAUAAAUACUGGCCCCUGUUCCUCCUCUUCUUCUACAUCCUGGCUCCAAUUCCCUACUGCAUCUCGCGAAGGGUGGUUGAUGACACAGACUCGGCCAGCAACGCCUGUAAAGAGCUGGCCUUAUUUCUCACGACUGGGAUAGUGGUGUCUGCUUUUGGACUGCCCAUUGUUUUUGCCCGUGCAUCAGUGAUUGCCUGGGGAGCCUGCGCACUUGUGUUAACCGGCAAUGUAGUCAUCUUCGCCACCAUCUUGGGAUUCUUCUUGGUCUUUGGAUCCAAUGAUGAUUUCAGUUGGCAGCAGUGGUAAAGUUAGGACCGGAGUCUGAACUGUUUUUAUGACUCACAUUGUAAUUAUUAUUACUAUUGUUGUCAUUGUUGUUGUUAUUUAUGAGACCGCCCAUCCAUAGUUGCAGGAAUACCGUGCAAUAAGCUGUUAAAAGUGUCAUGGAAAUGUUGAACUGACGUCGUACAAACACUUUAGUUUCGAACUAGCCUGAGUGUCAGAAUGUGACAUUUUUUUUUUCUUCAUGGUUUUUGGUUGGCUUUCAUUUGGCAUUCUGGUCAUUGAUACUCCCUUGGGCGGGUAUCCCAGUUUGUGAUCAGCUUGGUGGCCGAACACCUUGCCAUAGAGUUUGGGGAGAAUGAAAACCAGGACAUAACCUCAGUCUCCAUGAUGCUUUAAGAGCAUUCAUGAGUGACCUGUUAAAUUCAGGCUGUAGUAAAUCUAUUUGGAAGAGAAGUCCAACAUAUGAGAAUAAUGUGUUGAAUAAGUGGCACAAAGGGAUACUCUUAAAUAGUUUUGCUGCUGACCGGCAAGUAAACUACUCUGGUUAAUCCUGCUUGUCAUUAGGAACUGUUUAAAUAAAUGUUCUCCUUCAAACCUUGGUUUAGGGUCGGUAUGUGUGGACAAGCAGUUGGGUACUCAAAGCUUUGCAUCGCCAUUGAAUAUAUUGACAAAAAUUGGUGAAAAGCUUUUGAGGACCGCUUGGCCUGGUAAAGUGUCACAAACGUAGCUUUUUACUCUGUAUAUGGGUGGCCGCCUCUCACAUUCAGCGUAGUCAAAUGCACUGUCUGCUUUUACCAUGUAAAAUGGUAAUCAGUAACCAAUCAUGUAACAUUCUUCUAAUAAUCCAGUUAUCAACCUUAUUUACUGUAUCGCAGCAUGGCACAUACAGUAUGUCAUGGAUUGCAGGGAGAUGGAUGUGGGGAAAAUAAGAAAUCAGACAUUUGCUAUAAAUGCCGGUAAGUUGCUGUUGGAAGUUUUGAAGACGUUUGCGCAGAGUCUUAGCCGGGGAGUUAGAUAUUACAUGUUAAUGGAAUUAGCUGAGGCUAGGUCAGGAAGCAUCUGUUAGGCCAUGUGUACUAUAUUAGCCGCCCUCUCUUAGUGACUUUGACCCAUGUGUGGGUACACAGCACAAGUUCUCCAGCAUUCACUUCUAGGUUCACUUUUUGUGCGUAUUGUCUAUGCUCCGUAGGAAUUUACAUAUUUUAAAAGACAAAAAAAAAAUCCCAAACAAUAUUUUCAGAAAGCACUGACUAGAAUCUGGUACCUCUGUCUCUCUCUGUCUGUCUGUUUAUUUAUUGAUUUUAUUGUUUUAUAACUUAUCUCUUUUAGCCAUUGUGUCGCUCUCCUGCAAAGACCAUAUUUCUGUUACAUUCUGGUUUGUUCUUGUUAUUAUGACGGCCCUUUUGCACCUUUUACAUUUUUUAAGGAAGAUGUCUUGAUUUUGAAAGUAUUAGUUCUCGUAGCAGUUAUACCAGGAGUACCUGUGUUUUGUCCAUGUGUGACAAAAUCUUUCUAGUUCUGAGGAAAUUGUUUGCCUACCUUCAUGCAUACCUAAAUGCACAACAUUUUUGUUUUCUCAAAAACAAAUGGAUACUUUAGCAAAUAGAUCAUCGGCUUUCGUAGAGGCACUGACAUUGUUUAUAUGAAGAAGCUAUAAUGACAUUGAGAGAACAUGUCAGUUUGAAUUGCAUGAAUCCGAACCUUGAUUUUUGGUCCAAAUAUUGAAAUGAAAUGAACUGAAUUGCUCGGCCUGCUUUAUGGAAGACCGUAAAUGUGUCUCUUGCCCAUCAAAAAGCUCAGAAUCUAAUCGAUCCAUUUAACAAGAGGCUUUAUGUUUAUGUCUGAUGCUGUUUUAUAUCUAUAACUUUGUGUGUUCAAGGGGCUCAAGUCAACAUGGUGAUUUCUUUUUUAAAAUAAAUGCCAUUUUUGAAA